AUGACCCACAUUGGACUGGGAGCAGAUGGCGUUGCGAAGCCCCAUUCAAGCGGAAUCCAGGUCAUUAUCGUUGGCUUAGGGCUGGCUGGACUCACGGCUGCCAUUGAAUGUCAUCGCAAGGGUCACACAGUCAUCGGCCUUGAGAAGGCAGCCCAACCAACCCAUCUUGGGGAUAUCCUGAGCAUAGGCCGGAAUGGCUCGGUGGUCAUCCAUAAAUGGGACAAUGGAUCUGUUGCUAAGUCUCUUGAUUCCAUUCGAUGCGACAUAGACCUCAUUACUGUAUAUGAUGAAGCAGGAGAAGUAAAGGAUCAGAAGGAGAUGGAUGGAUACAGGCCCGGCGAAGGAUGGGUGAUCAAUCGAUCCGACACUGUGCGCGCGUUGUACGACUAUGGCAGACGCCUGGGGAUCGACCUCCGAUUUGGGCUUCCAGUGACGGAGUACUGGGAGGAUGAGCAGCAAGCCGGCGUUAUAGCGGCCGGGGAACGAAUAACCGCAGAUUGUGUCAUCGCGAGCGAUGGAAUCCAUAGCAAUGCAAGGCCUAUCAUCAGCGGAGCUCAUGCGAUUCUCAGGAAGACAGGGAGCGCGAUCUACAGAUGCGGAUAUCCUUCUGAAGUGCUCAGGGGGUGUGCUGAGGCAGAGUGGCUACUACGCAACACGGAAAACCAUGAUCAACUGAAUCACUUUAUCGGAAAGGACAUCACCAUGCUCAUGGGAACUGGAAGGCACGGAAAGGAUGUAUACUGGGGAUGUAUGCAUAAGAGCUUCCAUGACGACGUCUCCGAGCCCUGGCUCCAGCCAUCUGAUGUUACAAACGCGCUUAAAUACAUUGAGCAUUGGCCAGCAAAAGAUAAGCUCGCGGCAAUUAUCGAAAAGACUCCCCAGGGAAAAUGCUUCGAUCAUUUGGUUAUGGCUGCGGAUCCACUGACACGAUGGGUUUCGGAAAAAGGCCGUAUGAUCCUCAUUGGCGAUGCCGCGCAUCCCUUCUUACCAACAACCGGGCAAGGAGCAAAUCAGGCCAUUGAAGAUGGUGCGGUAGUCGCAAUCUGCCUCGAGCUUGCGGGCAAACAACGGAUCCCACUUGGGCUUCGCGUCAUGCAGAAGCUGAGGUACGACAGGGUCAGCUUAAUCCAAGACGGUGGAUUGAAAAUGCUAGCAAGCCUGCAGAAAGCCAACUGGAAGGCCGAAUCCAAGGAAGAUGUGCCCACGAUGGUAGCACGCCCAUUCUGGAUAUUCUCACACGAUUGCGAAAGAGAUACCUACCAGGAAUUUGGAAAGGCCGCCAAUGCAGUUCUCAAUGAGACCGAAUAUACCGCGACUAAUAUUCCUUCGGAUGGAUUGUUUAGAAUUAUCGACGAGGAAGGACAAAAAGGAACCGCAGGCGGGGAUUCCAAGAUGUAGUACGCGGGGCUUCAAGACACGUCCCCUUUGCAGUUUUAGUUCGAGCUGCCAUGUUCAUCGUACCCACGGAAUACACGUAUGAUAUUGCAUCU